UCAGCUUCAGGAUACCGAAGCAGUUGUACCUAGUGACGUAAACUUCGCAGUUCCCAUUAUCGAAACUCACCCGAGAAUCACCUACUAUUUAAAUUAUCUCCGAGCCUCUUAAUCCCCUCAAACGAUUCCAAUCAAGCAAUAAAUUUCAAGUGCAUAAGUGUCCAGUGCUGCAGAAACAUGUGAAUAACAAAGGAGUUGACGCUGGUGUCAAGGAGCACUGUCAGUUAAUGUGUUGAAUGGUGAUGCCAUAAUGAUGCCAAAAACAUUGAGUAAUUAUUGCUGUUAGAAUUCUAAUGACUCGUUACUUCCGCAUCUAGCAGUUUGACCAAAUACUCAGAAGGACGUUGUCCUUCAGGAAUCGAUUUUGAUGAAUUCUCCAUUUUGGAAUUGUGGAAUUUUGUAUUUCGCCUCUGAUUUCGAUACCUGGGUGCUGCUUUCAUUUAAAUCUGUAGAAUGCUGAUGACACGGAUCAUCUGGUACCGUUGAUGAAACAAUUGUUUUCAAACAGAACAAGCAAAGCGAAAGGAAGAACCUUACAAGAGAGAGAUCAUUGAUGUUCUUACCUGGCCGUGAGGAUGAUGAUGAUGGAUAUGGGUAUGUAUGGUAGUUAUGGUAAACCAGACUCGUACUACAGCUUGCACACGAGUCAUCAGAUACCGCAGCCUGGAGUGCAGUCAUCUGAUUUGACGAAUCCGUACUAUCCUCAAGCCUCAUUAUCCCCGUACACCAAUGCCCCGGACAUUUACAUAGGACCCGAAUCAGGUUCCAGUAGUUCAGGUGUACCCGGAACUCCGCCCCAGGGCUAUUACUCAGCAUCGGGAGCAGCCCUGCACGAGGAUGGUACAGCAAUCAUAUCAUCCGAGAAUGGUCUCAGCUACACUAAUUUGGAUUACGCGAAUUACUCAUCCUGUUCAAAUACUGAACAGCAUCAUCAGGGAUAUCAUAUCCAGCAUUUGCCGGCACAACAAUUACACUCUAGUCAUCACAGUGAGGAUUAUCAAGCCAGUCAUCACUCAGUCCAGUCGACAACCGGUGGUUAUCAUCAUCAGGUGCAAGAUGAUGUUAGAUACAGCCAGUCCCACGGUAUCAGGCAGGAGUACCAGCCGAUUAAUUACAAGGAAGAGACCACUGACAGUACUGGUUAUCACAGCUGCAUACAGCAGACUGCUGUGCACGGUGUACCUAGUCAUCAUCAUCAGCAUCAGGGAAUGUCGCAUGUACAAGGGCAUCAACAACCAACGCAAGUGCCCACGUACAAGUGGAUGCAGGUCAAGAGGAAUGUGCCGAAACCGGCUGUGCCGAAGCCACCGCCAACCAACGGUGAUUACAACUCCGUGCAAAUGACAUCGGUACCGUCUAAUUACUCGCCGUCGGGUUCAGUGAAUUGUCUGACGGUUGGAAAUUUACCGGGCAUGUCCGCCGGUUUUAAUAACACGGGACGAACGAAUUUCACCAAUAAACAGCUGACAGAAUUGGAGAAAGAGUUUCACUUCAACAAGUACCUGACCAGGGCGAGACGCAUCGAGAUUGCCUCCACCCUUCAGCUCAAUGAGACGCAAGUCAAGAUAUGGUUUCAAAAUCGAAGGAUGAAGCAGAAGAAGAGGAUGAAGGAGGGACUGAUACCGAGUGAUAGUGCGACGGUAGCGGGUAUUUGUGGGGCCCGGAGUACCAGUAAUUCCCCGACAGGAUCCAAUCUAGACGUCGGGGCCUCUUUUCUGCCCAAUUUUCCUAAUGAAAAUAGCAGGGAGUCCAUUAACUCCAAGGAUUGAUAUCACUCUCAUUUCCAUAUUUUUCCUUCAAGACUGCUCUUCACGCGCGAAGAAAUUUCGUUUUAAAAACCUAGGGAAUUCUUCGGGAGAGAAGUUUCCGCCGAGUCAUUUGAUUUGCACUGUUGGAAAAUUACGCUUAACAUUUUUAAUAAUGACAAUGUGACAGGAAAUUUAUGCACAAUUUUUCAGUGACGAAUCAAUUAAUUUCUUGGAUAUUCUCGGGAUUCUGCAUUUUCAGAUCCAUAUGAUAAAGAAAAAUCCGGGAAAAUGGGGAAAAUUCUGGUAAUUAU